AUGGCAGUGUUCCAAUUCAAAGACAUCUGUGAUGCUAUGAAGAAAUUUCAGAUUCCCACAUCAGAGUUGUUUGAAGUCAAGGGAGCUGAGAAGAAAAGCCGCUCUCCUUCACCCGUGAAACGCAAAGCCAAACUGUCUGAGAAUCUGGAGGAUGAUAAUGAGGGUGAGAAUGGCACAGAAGUGAAGCCAAGCAGUGAUGAACUGGAGCAUCCUAGCCAAGAAGCAGAUGAGGCAGUAUCUACAAUUCCAAGCAGCCCAGCAGAUGGAGGAGAGAACCUGGGUGAGGAAAAAGAAUCCCCAGCUAUAAAAGAGCAUAAUCCAGUGCCUCAUGCAACCUGUGAAGAAGAUCAAGCUGAUGGACUGCAAGAUGAUUCCUCAGAAGUUGAAAUGAAUACUCAGGCAGAUUCUCAGAUCUCUUCCAUGGAAGCUGAAGAUACUUUGAUAACUCAGGAGGAGACAAUAAAGGAAGAGAAAUCUCAAGGUCCUGAAGUAGAUAAAACUAAUCAAGAGAGCAAAGGACAAGAUAAAGGUGCAGAAGAAGGGAAAGGAAAGCAGGUGAUUGAUUCCGUGCAGCCGGAAGGGCAAUGCAAUACAGAAAACAUUUCCAGUAUUGAUGGUUCUUGGGAAGAACCCAAAGUAUAUGAAGAUCAAUACCAGCUAAAGAACUAG